AUGGAGUUACCCAAGAUUACACGUUUCCUAUGGUGCUACCUUACUAUCCUCUUGGCCUUUGGCCAAGUCUUGGUCGCGCAGCUGCCAAAGGAGGAGCCGGCAAUCCCCAAGGAUGGUCUUCAAAUUCGGCUUGAACGUGAACUAUUUGCCAAGCAGCAGUCAGUUGUCUACGCUAGUCAUCUCGAAUUUGACGUCGAGCCAAAGAUAUCGGAUAGACAACUCUUGAAGAUUGCCAUCGAUGCGUUCAAAGAGAUGAGGCACAUGGUUGAUGAAAAUAAGCUAGGAAAAAAGAAGAUUCCAAACGUGAUGACUACCCUCCUUGUUGGCAAAGAAAUAAUCUUCGCGUCGUCGGCAAAAGGCUCAAACGAGCCGAUCAAGGAAGAUAGUCAGGUACAAGACGACCUCACCGCUUGCGGCGAAGGUUCAAAAAACAAACACAAAAAUGGCGGGAGGUGUGGUGAGGUUAUGGCUUUCCACGAAUACUAUAAGAGUCGUGUUGAUCCAAAGAAAUUGGGCGAGGAUAGCGGCGCUCGAAUUGUGGCAAUCGCAUUCCCGAGGGAUGCCGAUCCGGCAACCGCGCAACCCGAAAUUCUGGCCCCCUGUGGUAGCGGCGAUAACUGGGGCUGCGACAGGCUUGUAAAAGGCCUCAAUAUAUUGGAUAAUAACAAGGUUGCAGCGGAUCAGGAAAUGGAAGACUUUGAUUACAAGACGCUGAGGAACGAAGGAAAGCUCAAGAGCAUCAAAACCAAGUUUGAAGAGGGCAACGGGUUACCGCCCGCUGACAAGCCUGGCGGAGACAAGAAGAAAGGGCCGCCAAAGAACAAGUUAGCCCCCAGACCCAACCAAAAGCCGCCCACCCCGGCAGACACUGGAAAUGCGGAAGACACGGGAGACUCUGAAGACAAAGAGGUCGAUACCAGUGGCAAGAAAAAGGGACCGCCAAAGAACAAUCUACCCCCCAGGCCACCAAAAGAAUGGGUGGACACCCCACAUGAGGUGGGAGAUUCUGAAGACAAAGAAGUCGACACGAAUAGAGAGAAAAAAGGGCCGCCAAAGAACAACUUGGCCCCAAGGCCGCCAAAGAAAAGGCCGUCCACCCCGGUAGAGUCGGGAGCCUCUGGAGACUCUGGAGACUCUGGAGACUCUGGAGACUCGGGAGACUCGGGAGACAAGGAAGUUGACCAUGGAAAGAAGAAAACACCGCCUCAUCGCAAGCCGCCGCCAAGACCACACCGCAGGUCAAGGGCCCCUGAUCAGGAUGGUGAAGAAUCAGGCCACGAGGAACCGAGAGAUACCGACAAGGUUGAAUCCAGUGCUGGAAAGCGGCUAUCAGAUGAAACGCCUGGAAGACACAAGCCAAGUCGCUAUUUCCGAGCGUAA